CAAACAGCUGAAUGCGUAGGUGAUCUGCACACUGAAGCAGCAGAUCAAAUGUACUACGGUUACACCCAAAUUUGUCACAGUUUUUAACACCUAGUUAGGUCUUGUGUAUUUUUUAUUGAGUGGAUUUGAUAAAUUUGUGUUGCUGUGUUUGAAAUCAGACCGUGAAGGUGGCAACCUAUGCUAUGGACGAUGACGAUAGCAGCCAGACUUAUGAAACUUCUGAGAGUACAUACAAUGAAUAUGAUGAGAUGAACGAUGACAGUGUGAUGACGGACGCCACUGAUGAGGAUGCCAUAACGCUUCUAACAACUGAUGACACAGACAGUGCCUUGACUCCAUCACCUACCAGUAGUACAAUGAAUACAUUAACAUAUACAAGGAAAAAACCUCGAAAUGACCAUCCAUUGAUACUGACUGUGAGGUCUUCUAGUGAUGAUGAAGAACAGUUUGUAGACUAUGGAGAAGGUGAUGACAUGGAUGGUGAUGACUCUGAUACUGAUAUACCUGAUUACUUGUCUGAUUCUAAUAGACAGACGCCGACCACACCAACACCAAUGCAAACCUUAUCUUUAUCCUUUGAUAACCGAAAAACAAUAACACAAAAACGAGAUGUUUGGGGCAGAGUACGUCAACUAAGCUGCUCCAAGUGCAAGGCCAGGUUAUACGUCGGUCCUGUGAGAAGACUUACAACACGUGAAAUAGCAAGCCAUCUAUACAAAAAUUCAGUCUCCGCUAACAACAGUAAACACAAUAGUUUAGAAGAUAUUUAUGGAGAAACUGCUGCAUCCGAUGGUGAUGUGACUGACCUCAAUGAUAAGGUUACUAAGUUACAAUCUCAAGUUAAUUGUUUACAAGCUUAUAAAGCAUCCAAAGAUGACCUGCAUUCCAAAUUGAAAAAUGAAAAUGCGUUUCUUAAUGAAAAAAUUCGAUUUUAUGAAGAACAACUUAAUGACACAGAAAGAAAAUCACAAGAAACUGUUGAUCGAGAAAGACGGAAAAACAGAGAAACAAUGGACCUCUUAAGAAUGGAAUUUACAAACAUUGACACAGACAUAAAAGAAUUCACACAAUCAUUUAUCCAAGUAAUCAGCGCAUUAGAAGAGGAAGUCAGUAAACUGAAAACAGACCAGCCUCGAUUGAAAUCUGAUAUUGACAGACUCAAUGAGGAUAACCAGCGACUCCAUGUUGAAAUAUUAGAUAAGGAUGCUGAUGUACAAAGAAUAUCACAUGAAUAUAAAAGAUAUCAAGAGCAAUGGCGGACUGAAAGGCGUGCUAUGCGAGAAGAUAUAGAAUCUAAUGCAACGGUGGUGGUUGAAAUGUCUAAAGAAUUAGAGGAUUUAAGAAGAUACAAAGCAGAACAUGAACGAAUUGGAAGAUUUCGUGCUUUGGAUAUGCCAAGUCGAUGUGCUGAAAUGGAAUCUGAAAUUAAAUCACUUAAACAGGUGGGUGACUUUUUGAAUGAAGCACAAAUGUUUCGCAAAUUGAACUUUUGGUAUAUUGAAUACACUGCAUGUGUUUGA